AGGUUGUGCAGUCGGCCAGUGGGCUCGUGGUUCGCUGCGCGGCUGCUGGAGAGAGUCCGGGUCCGUGAAGGAACGUCUCCAAACGCGAUAAACGGGAAAGAGCGAGCAUGGCGGUCGAAGAGGAAGGUCUUCGAGUCUUUCAGAGUGUCAAAAUAAAAAUAGGAGAAGCCAAGAACAUCCCUCCCUACCCCGGGCCGAACAAAAUGAGGGACUGUUACUGUACGGUGAACUUGGACCAGGAGGAGGUCUUCAGAACCAAAAUCAUCGAGAAGUCGUUAUGCCCAUUCUACGGCGAGGACUUCUACUGCGAAAUCCCACGCAGCUUCCGCCAGCUCUCCUUCUACCUCUUCGACAGGGACGUCUUCAGGAGGGACUCCAGCAUCGGCAAGGUGGCGGUGAAGAAGGAGGACCUGCAGAAGUAUCACGGUAAAGACACCUGGUUCCAGCUGCAGCCGGUCAGCGCAGACUCUGAGGUCCAGGGAAAGGUUCACUUGGAGCUGCGCCUGAGCGAGGUCAUCACGGACAACGGAGGCGUCUGCCACAAGCUGGCAACCCGAGUGUUAGAGUGCCAAGACUUGCCUAUCGUUAACGGACAGUGCGAUCCUUAUGCUGCCGUGUCCUUACAGGGGCCAUCCAGAUCGGAAGCCAAAAAAACCAAGGUCAAACGGAAAACCAACAACCCUCAGUAUGAUGAAGUCUUCUACUUUGAGAUCACCAGACCACUCAGCUACACCAAGCGGCAGUUUGACGUGGAGGAGGAGGAUGUGGAUAAAUUAGCGCUCAGGGUGGAUUUGUGGAACGCCAGCAACCUGAAGUUCGGAGACGAGUUUUUAGGAGGUGUUCGGGUGCCACUGAAGGUUUUGGGUCAGGAGGGUGUUCAUGACGCAUGGUACUUCCUGCAGCCGAGGGAUAACGGCAGUAAAUCAGUGAAGGCCGAUGAACUGGGUUCUUUAAGACUCAACAUUGUUUACACAGAGGACCAUGUCUUCCCUUCAGAGUGCUAUAGUGACCUCACUGACCUGCUGCUGCAGUCUGCACACAUGGAGGUGAGCUUAGGCACACAGCCUGUAUCAGCGUCAGCAGCCCACAUCCUUGGAGAAGUAUGCCGGGAGAAGCAGGAAGCGGCCGUCCCGCUCGUCCGGCUCUUUCUGCACUACGGCAAAAUCGUGCCUUUUGUCAGUGCAAUCGCCAACGCAGAGGUUAACCGCACACAGGAUCCCAACACCAUAUUUCGGGGCAAUUCAUUAACGUCCAAAUGCAUUGACGAGACCAUGAAGCUGGCAGGAAUGCACUAUCUACAGGUCACUCUCAAACCCAUCAUCGAUGAGAUCUGCACUGAGCACAAGCCGUGUGAAAUCGACCCUGUAAAGCUGAAAGAAUCAGAGAAUCUAGAGACCAACAGGGAGAACCUGCGGCAGUACGUGGAUCGCAUCUUCAACGUCAUCACUACCUCCGGCGUCAGAUGCCCCACCGUCAUGUGCGACAUUUUCUUCUCGCUCCGAGAAUCUGCCGCCACCCGUUUCCAAGUGGACCAAGACGUGAGGUACACAGCCGUCAGUAGCUUCAUCUUCCUGCGAUUCUUCGCCCCAGCGAUCCUCUCACCCAACCUGUUUCAGCUCAGGCCACAUCAUCCGGAUCCUUGUACAUCACGGACUCUGACACUCAUCUCCAAAACCAUCCAGACCCUGGGAAGCCUUGCAAAGUCGAAAUCAGGCAACUUUAAAGAGUCGUACAUGGCUGCGUUUUACGAUUACUUUAAUGAGCAGAAGUAUGCAGAUGCUGUGAAAAACUUUCUGGAUCUGAUCUCGUCGUCUGGGAGAUGGGACCAGAAGAGCAUUGAGACCCCCAUCAUGUUAAAAGAAGGAUUUAUGAUCAAAAGAGCACAAGGGAGGAAUCGCUUCGGCAUAAAGAACUUUAAGAAGAGAUGGUUCCGGCUCACUAAUCACGAGUUCACUUACCAUAAAACCAAAGGUGAAGGAGCUUUGUGUAGGAUCCCUAUUGAGAACAUCUUGGCUGUGGAGAGAUUAGAGGAGGAGUCUUUCAAGAUGAAGAACAUGUUUCAGGUGAUCCAGCCAGAGCGGGCGCUGUACAUUCAGGCCAACAACUGUGUAGAGGCACGGGACUGGAUCGACAUCCUGACUAAAGUCAGCCAGUGUAACCGCAAGCGCCUGAGCACCUACCAUCCUUCAGCCUACCUCAACGGCCACUGGCUGUGCUGCAAACAGGCCAUAGACUCCGCUCCAGGCUGCACCCCCUGCACAGGUGGCCUGCCCGCAAACAUUCAACUUGACAUAGACGGGGACAGAGAGACAGAGCGCAUCUACUCACUCUUCAGCACCUACAUGUCCAAGCUCGUCAAAAUGCAAGAGGCGUGCGGCAGUAAGUCUGUGUAUGACGGGCCCGAACAGGAAGAGUACUCCAGCUUCGUCAUAGACGACCCACAGGAGACCUACAAGAUCCUCAAGCAUACCGUCUCAGCUGUGCAAAAGUUGGAGCAGCAGCAUGCACAGUACAAGCGAGAAAAGUUCAGGAAGACCAAGUAUGGCAGCCAGGAGCAUCCAAUCGGUGACAAGAGCUUCCAGUGCUAUAUCCGCCAACAGUCGGAGAGCUCCACCUACUCGAUCUGACUCCGCCCAUUACCACAAUGCCCUUGUCUCUGCAACUGAUAACACGGCGAUGCCCGCACAUCACAGGAACUAUGGGUCGUGAUUGACAGGAAGACGUUGAGAAAGGAACGUGAGAUUAAGCUAAAAAAAAAAAGAAAGAAAGAAUCUUACUCCAAGCUAUUCCUUCUUUUGUAUGUCGUACAAACCCAAUCAACAGCUUUCCACAGAACUGUGUGCACUUUAAUCGUCACACCUGCCCCGCUGACGAUGAAGCUCUGCCUCGUGGCAUAUUUUCACUGAGGGACAUUGUUUUAAGGUCUUGAGAAUUUUAUUGUAGCUCUUCAGGACCAAACUGCAGGUUUGAGAACCCUCUGCUUUUUGACUUUUAAGCACAUCGGUGCAUGCCUGUUAAUGAGAGCCUUGUGGCCAAUCCCAGCUCAGAAGAGUUAGAAUCUACCACCUUCAGCUUUAGGAUGCACGGACUCAUAAUCAUCGGCAUUUCUUAAUGCAUGGUAGCAUUUUACCCCUGGCAAAAAAUAGCUUUAGCCAAAGUAACACACAACUUAAUAAAAGUAGCCCCGAGUCUAAAGGAGUAGGUGAUUAAUUCUUCUGAAUUGGGAUGUUGACUGAAAGGACCUAUCUGAAUCAGAUGUUAACUGUAACCCCUACUUCUUGUUUUGGUUUUGAUUUUAACGCCAUUGCUUUUAAAGACUUGUCUUCGAUGAACUAUGGCAUAAUGAAAAGUUUCUUUCUUUUUUUUUUUAUUUUCCCGGCACCUUGUCCAUGUCCAGACUUGUCCCAGUAUUGUUACAUGCCUUUUGAGAACAUUCCUUAUGAUCCCCAGCCCAAUAUAACAGCAACUGAAGGAUUAGAGCAGACUGGGAAAUGGAAUUAGUGAUAUCAUGUUCUCACAAUAUCCACAAAACCUGAACUGGGCAUGGGCUCUAAAUAGAGCUGGCAUCUGGCAUGACACUAAAAAAACUCAGAGCCCAAUUGAAAGCCAGUACCUUUUAUACAUUGCUCCGUUUUUUAACAAAAAUACAUCAGAUCAUCUGUAACCUUUUGAUUUAAUUGAAUCGAGUUACUCAGUUUGCUCUUAAACAGGUCCCUUUUGCCAGUAAUGCCAAUGCCAGACAUUUGUGGUCUUUUGUACUUUUGUUGUGUUUUAUGUACUGUAAAUAAUGCAUUUGUAACCUGUGUCUUGUACUAAGAAUUAUUUCCCUAUAAGGUGUGUGUGUGUGUGUGUGUGAGAGAGAGAGAGAGAGUUGAAGCAUGUGUGAGGGAGAGAUUUCUUAUCUUAAUGAUUAUGUUCUAUUUUAACAAACAUUCUCCCAAACACUUCUAAGUGUAACAUACCGAGUGUUGUUUAAACCAACACACUUUUGUGUAUUUCGGAAAUUUUGUGUAAGUUACAGAAAUGUACUAAUGGCCCAAUUUCUUUACUAUAGCUCAUCCAUUGGUGCAUGUUUCAGUGUGAAUAUUUUUUCUUUUAAUAUAAGCCAGACAAUUUUUGCUACCCACUCCAAAAAGGUUCAGUAUUUAUUUUUAUAUCACAAUAUAUAUAGCAUUUUGUGGGCGAGAGUAUUUGAGUACAAAAGGUCUCCGUACGCCGAGUUUGAAAGAUGCAAUAAUUUUCCCGUUCAGUUACUUGAUGGAUAUCUGAUCGAUGACGAAAUUAAUUAAUAAAUCGACGACUCAUUUUAGCUUCGGAUCAACGCUCUUCACAGGGAUACCUUAAAUAGAGGGGAGAACCGUGUAUUUUGUAUAAUUAUAUAAAGAGUAUUAUUACAAGUCUGUGAUGUGUAGAGGUCGAUGUGAAUUUGAAUGAUGAAAAUGUAGAUGCAAAAAAAAAAAAAAUCUUUUUUUUUUGUCUAAAUGAAGGCAAUAGCAAUGAA